CUUCCCUUUGACAGAUGCCCGCGAGUUCACGUGCGUGCGUUGCACAUUGCGGGUAUGCUUUAAAACCGGAUUUUCUUCGGCCCUUUAAACGGGCAAAACGCGGGCGACCACAGCAAAACGCUAACAUCCUAGCGCAACAUAAAACGCAGCAACGCAGCAUUGCGAACGUUUGUGGUGUGUGUUCUUGCUGGUACGAACCUGCCCAACAGCUAACUGUAGGCCAAAGGAAGGCCACAAUACCUUGCAAUGGACACACAGGAAACUCCGGAACGCUUUGUGCCGCGAGCUGCCGGCAUAAGUGGGAUCGCCUUGGGCGAGGAGAAGAAGGCACACACAGUCACCGAGGAUGGGAUGUCGUCCCUAUUGACUAUCACCGAUCGUUCUACUCUUUACGUCCUACCAUCUAAACGAUUUUGCAAGGUGAUCGGUUCCAUUCUGCCGGGCUCACUGGACAUGCCAGCCGGGAUUUGUAAACUUUACGCUGCCUCCUCAAACGAUGGACAGACGACAAAACAUCCGACGGCUGGAAUCGAACGUUCGACGUAUAGCAAAAAUGAUAUUCAAUUUACGGAUAACGAGCUUCGUUCGAUAAACCAGUACCUUAACGAUCAGAGCCAGAGGCUGGAUAGUGAAACGCUCGGUUUCUCCAAUCCACCGUACGGUCUGGAUAGGGUCCACGCCAGCCAAGCCAGCCAGAUUCGGCUCGACUUGAACGAUCUCAAAUGGCUUUAUGACAGGCUGGCUCAAAUGCGUGGGAAUGACGACUCGGUACCGUACUUGCACUCACUGCUUACCGAUUGUUCCGUUGCGCUGCCUGAAUUUCCCCCGCAAGAUCUUUCCACUGGUCGGUCUGAAGCGAAGCGCGCUCACAGGCUGCACAAGGAGGAGAAGGACGAGGACAUUGUGUACCAACAAAUCACGAGAAGAAGCAUCGAUAGCGCCAGAACCAAAACCACCAUGCCAGCGGACGCUAUCGGCUUCCCACAGAAAUAUCUCAACCGGCACCUGCUCGCGGUCGCUCGGUUUGUGUUCUCCGUUUGGUCCGGGUUCGCCUUUGGGUUCAUUGGCAUCGAGUUCCUGGUUGGGCCACUUGACUUUGGUUUUCGGCUGCUGUUAGGCGUCAUGGUAGGCCUUAUCUUGGCGUUGACAGAGAUCUACUUCUUGGCCCAAACGUUGAACGAAGAAGAUGAUGUACCCUCAGCUGGCCAUACAUUGCAAAGCAUGCCAAAGGCGAAGGCACACCAGGACUAAAUGAAAUAAAACAACCAACAGGA